CAAAAUAAACAACAAUCCCACUCAUUGCGUUCGGAGAAGCGAUGUGUCACACACCUGACCCACUCGCCUCUUUCUACUCUAAGUUCAGCUCGUGUCGCGUUUUGGUCCGGUUACCACUGUGUGAUGUUCGCUCUUGUUUUGACGGAAGCAUAAGCUGAAGUCGGCGCAGAGGGACAAGGUGCGGCAGUUCAUGUCCGUCACGCAGGCGGGCGAGAAGACGGCCGUCUACUGCCUCACACAGAAUGACUGGAAGCUGGAAGUGGCCACCGACAACUACUUCCAGAACCCAGACCUAUACUGCAAGGAGUCCAUGAGGACGUCCGUUGACCGCAAGAAGCUGGAGCAGCUCUACAAUCGCUAUAAAGAUCCCCAGGACGAGAACAAGAUCGGGAUCGAGGGCAUCCAGCAGUUUUGUGACGACCUCACGCUGGACCCGGCCAGCAUCAGCGUUCUGGUGGUGGCGUGGAAGUUUCGUGCCGCCACCCAGUGCGAGUUCACCAAGAAGGAGUUUCUGGACGGCAUGAGCGAGCUGGGGUGUGACAGCAUCGACAAACUCAAGGCCAUUUUGCCAAGAUUGGAACAGGAGCUGAAAGACAGCCUGAAGUUCAAGGACUUCUACCAGUUCACCUUUAACUUUGCCAAAAAUCCCGGGCAGAAGGGUUUAGACUUGGAGAUGGCCGUAGCUUACUGGAACCUGGUUCUGUUAGGAAGAUUUAAGUUCCUCGAUCUUUGGAAUAGAUUUCUUUUGGAACACCAUAAACGCUCCAUCCCUAAAGACACAUGGAAUCUGUUGUUGGACUUUGGUAACAUGAUAGCAGAUGACAUGUCCAACUACGAUGAGGAGGGGGCGUGGCCAGUCCUCAUAGACGACUUUGUGGAAUUUGCUCGACCGAUUGUAACAGGAACAAAACGUAAAACUCUCUAAGAAAAAAAACGGACUGUUUCUUUUACAGCGACUACAUAGUUCUCUGGGGUUUGUUUUGGAAAAAAGUUACAAAAAACAUAGUGGACUUGGCAAAGGACAACAGAAGCACUUGAAAUUAUCAACCGUGAGAAGCAGCCUCCUUUUUUUUUUUCCUACCUUGUUGCC